ACAUUGAUGACGUAUUCUACUUGUGACGUUUUUUAAUUCCACGUUGGAAUGGAAGUCGGUGUGGUCAAGUUGUGGUGAAUUUAGAUUGCGACUGUUUUAUUGGGGUGGGAUAAAAAAAAUAUUGGGAACGCCGCAGUGUUUAUUUAAUCAAUGCUUUUGUUGUUUUCAACUUAGCUGGUCAGACAAUUAUUUCUGUCUUUCCAGUUGACAGAUUGUGCCCGUCAUACGGGGUUGAAAAAGCUUAAGAAAAUGUUUUAUCUUGGUAAACAUUUAUAAAAUGUAUUAAAAUCGGAUUAAAUUGCAAAGGGUUUUAUAUCUGGUACAUUUAGGUGCACGGGAUGUAAUGAGCUAUUGAAAUUCAUUCUGAUUUGAUAUAACGGGUCUGCUGUGAAUUAAAUAGAACAAGAUGUCUGUGUCCAAUGAUCCAAGUUUAAUGGACUUUAUGUUAGACCGGGAAGAUUUAUUUGGUUCGAACUUCCUUGAACGAGAUCCAUUGUAUACUGGUGCAAAACUGGAUCAAAAGGAUAUGUUAAAUACGUGCUAUUGAAGACUGGGGCAGUAAAAUUCACAUUGCGCAAUCUGAAGACGUGCUAAGUGAGGUGGUGUACCAACAUAUCUGUUUUCAAAAAUCUUCAACAUAUGUGAAGAUUUAACCUUAAUAAUAUAACUAAACAUUUGGCAACACUGAAAUACGAAGAACCAUUUAAUAACCCACCUUCCCAACAACUUACAACCACUCACAGCAACCACGUGUCAAAUGACAUGCGAACAUCUUGUUCCAAGUAUUCAGCAUGGCAAAUUCAUGUCCUAUGGGCAUGCUACUGGAAAAUAAUUCCAUCUCAGAGCGACCUGUGGCAGAACAGCCCUGACGAGUUCUUGGACUCGCUGCUGAAGCUGGACGAUCACUCGUUUCUGAGCGAGCAGGAGCUGCUGGCGGGGCCAGGCCCGCUGGACCUGGUCGAUGCCUCGGUCCCGCCGAGCACGUGCUCGGACAGCGGGGUGUCGAGCGACCAGCAGCUGGAGCCGGACGAGGAGGAGGAGACGGUCGAGCUGGACACCUCCGUGUACAACCUGCUCGACAAUAGCAGUCUCGGGGAGGUCACCAUAGAGGACGACCAGGCCGUCGUCAGCAUGAACGUGCUGUCGUCGCCCGAGCCGGUGCUGCGAGUGACGCCGGUGACGGGCCACCCCCGCUCCAUCCUGCUGCCGGUGAGCGUGAAGGACCUCAAGGACUUGCGCACCAUCAGGAUCAUCGGCAGGAGCCGGCCGGCGGUGGCGGUGCGUGGCGAGGCGGCCCAGAGCUCUGCCAGCAGCGGCUCCGAGGAGGAGACGUGCUCCCAGCCCCCGUACCCACGCCUUGUGCUCACUUCUGAAGAGAAGCGUUUGUUACAAAAAGAAGGUAUCCAGUUACCAUCACACUACCCUCUCACAAAGUAUGAAGAACGGGAACUGAAAAGAAUACGGCGAAAAAUCAGAAAUAAAAUCUCAGCCCAGGAUUCACGCAAGAGGAAGAAAGAAUACAUUGAUGGUCUGGAAGACAGGGUGAAGCAGUGCACUGAUGAGAAUACACACCUGAUGAAGCGCAUCAAGGUGCUGCAGAUGCAGAACCAGUCGCUGACGGCCCAGCUGCGCCGGCUGCAAGCUAUAGUGGGUCGCAGCGCCGCUGCCACCAAGACGGCUCAGCCCGCCACCUGCCUCAUGGUGCUGCUCCUGUCCAUGGCGCUGGUGAUGGUGCCCAACCUGCGGCUCGGGGCUGAGCCCGGCAGCGAGCUGGCGCAGGCCGAGUCGGAUGCAGCCGUCCCAGAGACUGCGCAGCCGCCCAUCGCGGGGCGGACGCGCAGCCUGCUGUUUUCAAAGAGCCCAGCAGCCGAGGAGUCUGUGCUAGAAGUUUCGGAGCCGGAAGACUUGGUACGCGAGGAGCCAGACGAGCUGUGGGACCACGACUACGACCCGCCCCCCGCCAAGCGCCUGCGAAGGCUCCAGGGGGCUGAGCUCCCUGUCGCUCCGCCCUGGGACGAGCUGUGGCCCCCGCCGCACCUCGACACGGCCGAGACCAGAGCCAAUACCACUGACACGGCUGUCGUGUUGCCGGGCCUGCCCGAUUAGCCACCCUGCAUGCACACAUCAAGUGAAUAAAGUUCAUUAAAACAAA